CGUCAACUUCCCAUCCACAACUGGAUUCCAUCGAAGAUGUAUCGCAGAAGACUCGAAGCGAUCGCUUAUCGUGAGUCCAGGCGACGACCAUGAAUCUGGAGAACAGUCUGGCGACCAGUCUAGAUCCGGGCUAUCCCAGACCCCGUACAUCAAUCAGAACCUGAGGCCUUCUUGGAACAUUAGGCCAGAAAGCGCCACUCGCAUCGCCGCUGUGUCGCCUUGGAUCGACAGCAGAAUUGCACAAACACCAUCCGUGCGGUUCCAGGCGAUCCAUUCAAGAGUCUCCAUCUAUCCGAAAUGGCUCGUCAAUUCCUUCAAAAGUGGUACACUACUCUUCACGAGAGUCUGGAAAAUGUCUCGUUCAUCCAUUUACAUUACUUCUAUUUCUGUGCCGCUUGCAUUCUAUCAAGCAUAAUCUUCUGGGGAUCAUCCACCCCAGCAAAAUCGGUCCGCUUCAUUGAUAGCCUGUUUCUGUGCGUUUCCGCCAUGACCGAAGCAGGCCUCAACACCGUCAACCUAUCAGAACUCAACACGUGGCAACAAGUGAUAUUGUUUAUACUCAUCAUUGCAGGUUCUGCGAUUUUCGUGUCCAUCGCCAUUCUGCACGUCCGAAAGCGAGCUUUUGAGAAGAAGUUUGCCGAACUUGCCGAGCGACGUCGAAGACUGUUGCUGAGACCCCGUUCGCUGACCUUUACCUGGUCAAGGCGCAGACCCAGUCAUUCCGGGGAUCGUGAAGCCGCAAUCGCCUCGGGUGCGGUCCGUGGUCGCGCCAUUCCAGAUCGUCCUCAAGACGACAGUGCCGAGGAUAAGGCUUCUUUGAAUCCUCCAGAACGCACCCAGUCACCAUCGAACGUAGUUGCGGAGUCCGAUACGGCUGCGAUCAGCAUCAGUGAGGUCGCUAACGACGAACAGAAUGGUCAUAUCCGGUUUCGAGAUCAGCUUCCGGCUGCUGAACAUGCCCAAAACCACCUCCGACCACGCAACAUCAGCCGUCGCCGGACAAGCUUUUUGGAAGGACGUGGCGUUGGUGCUCGACCACUUGAUAACCAUCCUCGCAAUGCCUUGCCCAGAACUGGGCGAUAUUCCCCAGAUGGAGACAACGUUGCCGUCGAGGACGACAUCAAAUCACAGGAGAAAGGUCAUUCCAAGUUGAGCAAAUACCUCGACACGGUAAAUGGCUAUCUCGGACGAAACAGUCAGUUCCACGGUCUCAGUGAGAAGGAACGCAAGAAACUGGGUGGCAUUGAAUAUGACGCUAUUUGUCUGCUGUCCUGGGUGGUGCCAUUAUAUUUCUUCCUCUUCCAGCUUUUCGGAGCGCUGGGACUUGGCGCCUGGAUCAAGGUCAAUCGGCCUGGCAUGGCACUCAGAAAUGGGCUCGACCCAUUUUGGACGGGUGCCUUCUUUGCUGUUUCAGCGUUCAACAACUCCGGAAUGGCUCUGUUGGAUGCCAACGCGACUGCGCUCCAGACGAGUUACUAUUGCUUGCUCACUUUGAGUCUGCUCAUUCUGGCCGGAAACACCUGCUUCCCGCCUUUCCUCAGGCUAAUCUUGUGGACGAUGAAGAAAAUGAUACCAAACAAGUUCCAAUCACAAGCCUGGCAACGACGCCGUCAAACGUUGGAAUUUUGCCUCGACCAUCCUCGACGAGUUUACACCAACCUGUUUCCCGCUGCGCAGACAUGGUGGCUGGUUUUCUCUCUGGUAAUGCUGAACGGCAUUGAUUGGGUGGCCUUUGAGCUCCUGAACAUCAACAAUCCCGUCACAGACGCCAUCUCUCCUCAUUUCCGAGUUCUGGACGGAUUAUUCCAGGCUUUUGCCGUCAGGAGUGGAGGGUUCUACGUGGUCAGUAUAUCGGGACUACGGUCGGGCCUUCUCGUCCUCUACGUCGCCAUGAUGUACAUUUCAGCCUUUCCCAUCGCAAUGACGAUACGUAAUACAAACGUCUACGAAGAGCGAUCACUCGGAAUUUACGCCGAAGAUCUCGAAGGAGCGACGACUCAAGGUGCAGACGAAAACAGUGGUAGGGCGGACGAAAAAGCAAAAGAAAAGGAAAAGCCAGGACGCCAGCUCCUUUCGGGCUUGAAACGUACUAUGACCAUGUCUCAUGGGACUGUGCCACCGAUUUCCAACUCAUUGUCCUGGACUCGUCAAGACUUCGUACGGCAACAACUUCGGGGCCAAUUGGGCCACGACCUAUGGUGGCUCGUUCUGGCGAUUUUCAUGAUCACAGCAAUCGAGACGGGCCAGUUUGAGCGCGACCCCGUCAACUUUUCCACCUUCAAUAUCAUAUUUGAAGUCGUGUCUGCGUACGGCUGUGUGGGGAUAUCGGUCGGCAUUCCAUGGGCGGCAUACUCGUUCUGCGGGACAUGGCAUACAGCCAGCAAACUCGUCUUGUGUGCUGUGAUGCUCCGUGGCAGGCAUCGAGGAUUACCCGUCAGCAUCGAUCGAGCCAUCCUGCUACCCGAUGAAACGCUGGCCUGGGCGGAAGAAGAGGACGCAACGAAGCGAGGAGGCUAUUCUGGCACGACGGCCCUUAGUACGAAGAACAGCAGGGACGGAUUGCGGCGGGCAAGGACUACCGAUUCCGUACAACCCCCGCGGGGUCAGAGUGUCGACAUGAACAGAGAUGCCGACCACAUGGUAUAAACACGGUCGAGGGAUUACAGCCGCAGGUCAGGUCCUGCCCUCAAUCACUUCGCUUCCGCUUUGAACACACGGUGCGGCAUUCUUGUUGUCCAUUCCCUUUUCUGUGCAAAGACUGAGCGAGGAGUUUUGGGUGGAAGGCCACAUGGCAUUAACAGGACUGGUCGACGAUUCAAAGAUAUACACUGAGUAUCAUGGGUUCAGUCAACCUUUCCACAACGUAGUUAGACAUCAGAAUUGUGCAUUUCACAUCAGCGCGAGGACUGAACUGCCUUGUGCUUGCUGAUUCUGACCCUGAAAGCUGCAUUAUCAAUAGGAAAGCCUUGGUUGAUGAUGAUACAGGCACUGUGAGGGUAGGCUGUCGAUAUCGUAAGAGAUGAACAGGGUGUAAGAGAGAUGUGGCGUCGAUGCUGCCAUAAGUCAGGUCCAC